GAAAAAAAAAGGUUGCAUCAGGUUCUUCUUCAUCUCUAAUUGGUUUAAAAUCCAUCAGCCCUCAUAGAUCGCUCUGGAAUCCUCCGUCUUCCAUUUAUAUCUAUGCAACCUUCUCUCUCAAUCCGAACUCGAAUUCAAUCAACAAAUCUCCUUGUAUGGGUUAGGGUUUUGUAUCUGCAGUACUUCUUCCUUCAUCUCCUUUCUUCCCCAAACUCAAUUUCUUUGAACGAAUCUCUCCCAGCUUCUGAAUCCACGGAGAUUGUGCCAGCCAUGAAGGUUCAUCCAAUGCCCAAGAAGAGAAACAUCACGGUCCGGUACGACAUCGCGUCGGCUCUUUCUCAGGCGGAAACGGUCGGGUUCCGGCAGAAGAAGCUCCGGCGACUGCCCCACAUCUUCGCGAAGGUCCUGGAGCUACCUUUCCAUUCCGACGCGGAUGUAUCGAUUGAAGAGACUCACGAUUCCUUCCGAUUCAUCGUUCCGACUGACGACGUCACCGGGGGUAAUAUUAGGGCUCACGCCAUCCAGAUCCACCCCGGUGUUACUAAGAUUGUAAUCCGAGGGGACAACUUUGUUGACUGUCCUCUUAGUGAGCUCGACCUCGACCUGUGGCGGUUUCGGCUACCGCCGUCGACUCUGCCCGGCUUGGCCAGCGCCGCGUUUGGCGACGGCGAACUGGUGGUCACCGUCCCUAAAGGAUCGCACGAAGAGGAAGACGAGGAGGACGGGCGGCUUGUAUUUGUACAGUAAUCCUUCAACAAUCAGUUGUUUCUGUAUCAGCCCUUUCUCAUGGAACAAUACAUUAAUUACUCGUAUAUUAUUAUUCUGGUUAGAAAUGGGACUUCACUUUUCUUUAGUGAAUUAUUAUGAUGAUAUAUGCUUUACCUGAUUAAUUUUCACAAUUUCUGCUGUUU